CCCUUUGACAUCGGCGCCCGGUCUUUCGGAGUCGUGCUCCCCGUAUGCUCGCGAGUCUCCUCUCCUUCUUGUCUGUGAUCGCUCGCAAAUUUACUCCUGAAAGCAUCAUGUCGGCCCAGAGGGAACGCACUUUCAUCGCCGUCAAGCCCGAUGGUGUCCAGCGCGGCCUCGUCGGUGAAAUUAUCAAGAGAUUCGAGGCCAAAGGCUUCAAGUUGGCCGGAAUGAAGUUCAUGAAGGCCUCAGAGGAGCUCUUGAAACAGCAUUACAUUGACCUUGCUGACAAGCCAUUCUAUCCUGGACUUUGCAAGUACAUGGCAUCUGGACCUCUGGUUGCCAUGUGCUGGGAGGGCACUGGUGUGGUUAAGACUGCCCGUGUAAUGAUGGGUGAAACCCGGCCAGCAGACUCCAAGCCUGGCACUAUCCGUGGUGACUUCUGUAUUGAAGUUGGCAGGAACAUCAUUCAUGGCUCUGACUCCAUUGAAUCUGCCAACAAGGAGAUUGCCUUGUGGUUCAGGCCCGAAGAACUCACAAGCUGGACCCAGGCUAAUGAUAGUUGGAUCUACGAGUCCAACGAGUAAGGAAUGUGGAUGUGUCAGUCAGGAAGGUUGCUUCUAAUUACCAAUGUUUUAAGGUUUGGUGGUACUGUACAUGUUGACUUUGAUUUCUUAACAUCAACGAAUAUCAGUGUGCCACUUUGACCUUACAUAUUGAAGUUAGGGACUUGCUUCCAUUGCUUGUUAUUAUUUAAUAAACAAAAUUAUUUUUA